CUGGGUCCUGGUCUGGUCGUUGACACUCGCUUUUUUCAUGCUAAUUUCUGCCGAGCUCAGCCGACAGACCAGUCUCGCUAUGCGGUAGGCCGCUCCAUCAGUCCUGUUCCGCUCACUUUAUGGGCAGCACAGGACGGCGCGUUGUCUCGCAAGGGUGCAAUAAAUGGUAUUUUCGCAACCGAAGCCGCCGAUGGGAAGAGUCGGAUCUGCUGGAAAGUCUAG